AUGUAUUUUACUUGGAUACUCAUGAUUCUAUGCUUCGGAAUAUCACUUGGACAGCGAAUUCCCGAACAAAGUUCGCAGGAUCAGGAAAUGCAUCUGUAUUGCACCAACCGAGGCCAGCAUUCCGUCAGAACCGGUCACGAAAUUAAACAAGGAAAAGCUGGGCCCGUGGGGCCCCCUGGUGUCGUAAAUUACAAAAUCGUAAAUGAAACUAUAAAAGAACACUUCAAUGAUAUUUCCGUACAGAUACAAGCAAAGCUGACUCAAAUUGGUCCUGUUGUUGAGAAAUGUAGCGAGGACGUAGAGGAUUUGAAAGCAGAGAAAUCUUACCCUUGGUCAAAUCUGGAGGAUACAAAACUUGGAUUGGUUUGAACGACAUUCAAGAAGAAAAUACGUUUAUCUGGGAGGAUGGUGUAACGGCAACUGCAGGUUCUACUCCAUGGCAUGAGGGUGAACCAAAUAACUUCGACGGUAAUGAAGAUUGUGUCGAAGUGGUGCGUCGCUCUAAUUGGGAGCUGAACGAUAACAUCUGUACCCACCAAUAUAAAUAUUUAUGCGAGAUUGAACCA